AUGGGCAAGUCGCACGCUUACCGGCCACCACAUCUGCGCGGCGCGAAGCCCGCUGACCGCGCCCCUGCUGAGCCAGCGCAGCCUGCGCAGCCUACGCAGCAGAAUGGGAGCUUCUGGUGGCAGGCGCCCGGGUCGCAGCCCGCGGGGAACACGGCGGCGGCGGGAACACCGAACCGGCAGCAGGCGCAAACUGGGCCGUCGACGCAGACGGAGCGCGCUCGCAGCUUCAGGCAGCUGGUACAAGCUGCCGAGGAAUGUCAGAAGCAGGCCGAGCGAAGGCCGGACGAAGCAGCUCGCGGUCUGUACCGGGAGGGCGCGCGCUUGUGCCGCAGUGCGCUGUCACUCGCCGGCGAAGCGAUCGAGGGUGGCGCCGGACCGUCCUGGCAGGCACAAGCCCUGGAAGUCCAGCUGCUGCUCGGGGCCCACUUGCAGGCGCUCGCGGACGUCACGGCGCGCCUGCCCUCCCUCGCACCGCCAUCCCCUUCUGUCCUGCGGGAGGCCGAAGCCGCGAUCGCCGAGGCAUGCCAGCACUACAGUCAAGCGGUCGACGCCUACCAGCCCUGCAUCAACGCGUCGGAGCCAGGGGAUGGCGCCGAGGUGCCGUUCGUGAACUGCGCGCGGGCUCUGCGGUCGUGGGGCGAGCUCUGCCCAGACCCAUCGCAAGCCGUGCCACUCCUGCAGCGCAGCGUCGCGAUGCUCGAGUCUGCCCUGUCCGCGGACGUGUGUCCAGAGGACUCCCGCGCGGACGUGCUCGGCUCCCACGCGGGAUCGUUGGCGGCCCUCGGAGACAGACUGUUGAACGCAGACCCCCCCCAGGUCGAGCCAGGCCUCGAAGCGUGCACGCGGGCCCGGGCAGCGUACUCCGACGCGUGCCAGUUGUCGCACAGCGCAAACGGCGACGACCUGCCGGGUCUGCUCUUGGACUGGGGCGCGGCGCUGCACACCAUGGCGGGACACGCUGCCGUCGCGGGCGGGCAGGGCGAGGCCGUGGAGCUGCUCGAGGAGGCGGCCUCGCGCUUCCGCGACGCCGUCAGCUUCGGGCGGCAGGACGUGGCGCCGCUGAACGGCAUCGGCGACGUGCACGUGGCCAUGGCGGAGCUCGCAGCUGAGAGCGCUGACGGCACGGUGCGCGGGCGCAGCGAGUCCGCGUGGCUGGCUGCGGCGCUGACCGAGGGCUACGAGGCGGCGCUGAGGAUCGACAAGGCGGACGUCGACGCGCUCGUGGGCGUUGCGGAGGCGAAUGUGCUGCUUGGGAAGGCUGCCGCUGCUGCCGGUGCUGGGGACGCGCAGGGGCAUUUCUCAGCGGCAAAGGCGGCGUACGAGGCGGCUCUGAGUAACCCCGCGGCGCUGGGUUCGUGGGAGGACCGGUUGGGCGUGGUGUUCAACGCUGCGUGCGCGUGUGUGCUGGCGGGCGCGGAGAACGACGCCGUGUCCUUGUUGGCGCAGCUGCUGUGGAUCGGGGGCACGACGAUAGAGGAGAUUCGCGCCGAUGAGGACGUCGGCGCCCUGGCGGACAGCGAUGCGCUCAUGAGCGCCGCUGCCCGUAGCACCUAA